AUGGAAGAAAUACUAUCACAACCACCAUUUACUAAAAUUCCAAUCAAAAAAUCAAACAAAACAAUAAGAUUUUUAACAUUUAAUGUAAAUGGUAUCAAAACUAUAUGUAAUUAUCAUCCAUGGAAUCAAUUUAAACAAGAAUUUAAUGAUAUUUUUUUAUCUUUAAAAAGUGAUAUUAUAACUUUACAAGAAUUAAAAUUAACUAUAAAUACAACAUUAAAUGAAAUUAAAAAUAUUGGUCAUUUAAAAAAUUAUAGAUCUUUUAUAAGUUUACCAACAAAGAAAAAGGGAUAUAGUGGAGUUGGAUUAUUUAUAAAGAAACCAGAAAAUGAUGAGGAAAAACAAAUUUACACUGUUGUCAAAGCUGAAGAAGGUUUAACUGGUUAUUUAUCAGAUAAGUCAGGAACAAGGUAUAGAGAUCAAGAAGAUAAAAUUGGGGGAUAUACUAAUGAUAUGAGUGAAUCUGAAGCUUUAAAUUUAGAUAGUGAAGGAAGAUGUGUUAUAGUUGAAUUGAUUAACAAUCUUGUAAUAUUUGCAUUAUAUUGUCCUGCAAAUUCUCAAGGAACAGAAGAAGGUGAAACUUUUAGACUACUAUUUUUACAACAAUUAUUAAAAAGAUGUGAAAAUUUACAUAACUUGGGUAAAAGAAUUAUUAUAAUGGGUGAUAUAAAUGUAAGUCUUGAUUUAAUUGAUAGUGCAGAAGGAAUAAAUGAUAGAUUAGGUUUAAAAAUUAUAGAAGAUAUAAGAGAUGGUGUGAAUUUUGAAAUUGAAAAUUAUAAAGAAUGUAUAAAUUUUAAAUUUUCAAGAAAAUCAAGAGAACUAAUGAAUAAAUAUGUUAUUCAAUCAAUGAUAUACUUGCUACGAGAUAAACAGAAGAUAAAUUAUAGUAAUUAUCAAAUAUUUUAUGAUACAACAAGAAUUUAUCAAGGUAGAAGAAAAAAAAUGUAUACUGUUUGGAAUACAUUAACAAGUUCAAGACAAAUUAAUUAUGGUUCAAGAAUUGAUUUAAUUUUAUGUAAUUGUACAAAAAUGAUAAAACACACUUCAAAUGCUGAUAUAUUACCUUUUAUUCAAGGUAGUGAUCAUUGUCCAGUAUUUACAGAUUUUGAAAAUUGGAAUGAAGAAAAUGAAGAAGGAAAGGAAAAAAAAGAUAUAAUGAUCGAAUUGAAUAAAUAUCAAGAUAAAAAAAUAAUGUUUGAAGCAAAAAAUCAUUUUAAAUUAAAUAAAAUUCGAGAUAUUUCUACAUUAUUUGGAAAAAGAAAUUUUAUUGAAUCAAAUGGUUCAUCAGAAUCAAUAUCUUCUUCAACCUCAUCAAGAACUUCUUCUCCACAACCUGAAAUUUCAAAAGACAAUAAAGAAACAGAAACUGAUCAGAAAUCAAAUUCCAAAAAACCCAAAGUACUUGUGUAUAAAAGUAGAAAAACUAUAGAUAAUAACAAAUUAUCUAGUAGUUCCAAAAAAUCAAUUAACGAUUAUUUUUUAUGA